AUGAAGGACCGCUGGCAGUCGUUUGAUGGGGUCAGGGAGGUGUGCCGGGCAGCAGGAGGUGUGCCGGGCAGCAGGAGGUGUGCCGGGCAGCAGAAGGUGUGCCGGGAAGCAGAAGGUGUGCCGGACCGCAGGGGCUGUUCUCGUGACUCUGGACAUGUCCUUGGAUGGGGUUCAAGACGCAUGGAGGGCAGCAGCAGGUGUGCUUGUGACACUGGACGAGCUAACGGUGAACCAGGCCAGGCGGGCACGGAAGUCGAUUGGACGACGAUUGUACGAUCCGAACCUCCGUUCGUUCGGUGGAUUAAAGAGCAUCACGCUGCCUCGUUAACCCGCUGCGUCGCCGACGAAAACGACGAAAUCGAGGACGACGACUUCGGCGACGACUACCGCGACGACUUUAGCGACGACGUCGGCGACGGCGACGACGAUGACGAGAGCGACGACGAUGGCGAAAGCGACGCCGAAACCGACGACGGCGAGUCGGACGACUCGUACGAUAUCGACGACUACCACCUCGGAGGGCGGUUCGGAAGGCCGUAUGACUCAACAGAAGACUUGUUUCAAGACAAAGAAACGGAUCAAGACAAAGAAACGGAUCGAGACAGAGAAACGGGUCGAGACAGAGAAACGGAUCAAGAGAGGGAGACGGAUCGAGAGAGGGAAACGGAUAGAGAAAGGGAAACGGAUAGAGACAGAGAAACGGAUCGAGAGAGGGAAACGGAUAGAGAGAGGGAAACGGAUCGAGACAGAGAAACGGAUCGAGAUAGGGAAACGGAUAGAGAGAGGGGAAUGGAUAGAGAGAGGGAAACGGAUCGAGACAGAGAAACGGAUCGAGAGAGGGAAACGGAUAGAGAGAGGGAAACGGAUGCAGAGGCCGAAACGGGUCGCAUGGAGGAACCGGGUCGCGUGGGGGAACUGGGUGAUCUCGAGGUCCCUUGGUACGAACUCCGGGGAUGCGAGAAUGAAGACGAGAUAAUGGCGGAGCUCGCGGCGCGGAGGUCCCUGUGGAGCGACGCGGAGCUGAUGGAGCUCGCAGCGGCUGUCGUUUUCUGCCGGCGCAGCGAGGAGGCGACGCGACGGAGCAUUGGGCAAGAUUACUGGCGGCAGGUGUGGCGCGUGAUUCGACGUGCGAACCCCGAGUGGCGGCGCGUCCCGACGGCGAUGGCGAAGCAGUGGGAGCGCAUGAAAACGCGCUAUGACCAGGAGCGGCGGAAGCAGAAGCGGCGGAGGAAGCGGGGGGGGACGGCGGGGGGUUCAGUUGAGCGGCGGCAGGGAGGGGCUACUAACGCGGAUGAGCAGCCUAAUAACGAGUCAGGGGGGAACGCAGGGGCGCGGGCGAAAGUGAGGGGAAGGCCCAAGGGGGGCCGGAAGGAUAGGGGGAGCAGGAGAGAACCCGCAUGGUUUGAGUACAUUCGAUUGUUGAACGGAACUGAGCUGCAGGCUAGGAAAUACGUGGCAGCAAAAAUGGCUCGAAGAGUAGCUGGAGCUUAUGCUGUUGCUUCUGCUGCUACGGGGUUUACGGCAAGGAAGCAGCCGGCUGAAAUGCCGGCUUAUGCGUUUCCUGAUAGCAUUGGUUCAGGCAAAGUCACUCAAGUUCCCAAAGCCACAGGUCCCGGUGCGUCUACACUUCCUGACUCGAUGCAAAGCCAUGGUGGGUCAUCAGAUUCUGACUUAAUCCGAAACAACGGUGGAUACGACGGCAACCUGCUGCGGCUGCCUGGGAAUGGGGUUACGCUUACUACAGGUGCUACAGCCCCCGUGGCUGGUAUAGCCCAUACAGCCUCCCUGCCCGCUACAGCCCCCCUGCCUGCUACAAAAUUUUACCCGACGAGUUAUCAGCCUGCAUCAGCCCACAGAGAAGGCGGCGCAGCAGCAGCAGCACCAUGUGAUUUGACUUCUCGGGGGGUUUUACUGCGAGGAAAGGGUCGUAGAAGGGAGCAGCAAGAGCGGAACGAGAGAAGAUUUGCAAGGAGAGGAAUGGAGAGGUCUACAGGACGUGGAAAGGACUCGAAUGCAGGGGUUUUGGGUGAGAGGGGGGGCGAGAAGUUGGGCGACAGAUUGACUGCAGCCAUGGGUGCUGCUGUGAGAAAUGCAUGCGUUCAGUAUGAUGAGCUCUCUCGGGAGUUGCUGCAGGAUGCUUACUCGCGGUUUGAGGAGCUUUCACAGCGACUGGCAGAGGAUGCUAGUGCUCAGUUUGAGGAGAUUGCGAGAGAGCUAAUGGAGGAGACUGCAGCGGCUUGCCGAGACAGCAAAAGGCGCAAGAGGAGGUAA